GAUUCUAAAAAUAAAGAAACUACAGGACAAAAAUAGAAUGUGCAGUUUCCUGGAACUGUUCUUUCGCGGUGUUGGAUGCACGACGUCGAUGUGCUUUUUGCAAGCACAGACGUAAGUGACAGAUAGUCCAAUGUGUUUGUCUGGUUGAUGUGUGACGGGGGAUUACUGAUCAUGUAUAAAAGGAGUAGAAAAAACCUGCUGUGCCAACUAAAACUCAACAGCAACAAACCAAAAGCACUUUUCUCAAUAACCUUUUUCUCAACAAAACACAUCAGCCAUGAAGUUCACUGCGCUUGCGACCCUCUUCCUCGCUACUAUUUCUCCGCUAGCGAGCGCCUAUCCUGUCCAGAAGGCUGAUACCGUCAACUGCCGCUCCAGCCCCAGCACCUCGGGCAAGGUGGUCAAGACCUACAAGAAGGAUGCUGACGUAAAGAUCACCUGCCAGGUCUCGGGACAGAACAUCCAGGGCAACUCGCUGUGGGACAAGACCCAGGAUGGCUGCUAUGUUGCUGACUACUACAUCAAGACUGGCAAGAACGGCUAUGUUGCCAAGCAGUGCAGCGGCGGUGGUUCAUCUGGUGGUGGCGGCAGCAGCGGCGGUGGCAGCUCUGGGUCGGCUGGACCUAUGACCAACGACUACCCGUACAAGAGCAACUGCGGUCCUGUCGAUAAGUGGAACUACUUCAAGUGCCAGUGCACAUCGUUUGCUGCCUGGCGCAUCAACUCGCGCCUGGGAAUCAACUUCCACAACCGCUACAAGGGCAAGGCAUGGGGAAAUGCCAACCAGUGGGACGAUGCAGCGCGUGCCUCGGGUGUCAAGGUCGACGGUACUCCGACUCCUGGUUCCAUUGCGCAGACCAACCAGGGCGGCGGCGGCUUUGGGCAUGUUGCUUGGGUCGCUAAGGUGUCGGGCAACAAUGUUGUGAUUGAGGAGUACAACUACCGUGUCCGCAGGGGCUACGGGACGCGUACUGUUCCCAAGAGUGCCUUCAACUAUAUCCACCUCAAGAACUAAAAUUUCCUUAUAUUUCUCUUUCUGUAAGAUAUUUUACAAUCACAGCCCAUUUCACACUAGUUCUUGUCAGCAUCAAGUCCUGCGCUAUUUUCUGGAAGGACAUGCAGCUGCCGUUAAAACACCAGUGCCUUUACCAAAUGUUCAGAAGCAGAAUUUUGUUUUAUUUUGAAUUCCGCCAGGUCGCAUGCGGACUGUCUUGCAGAACUGCUGUGCAUGAGAAACCACGAAUCCCAUUUUCUCCAAUAGAAAAGUGAUGAUGCAGCAUUGAUAUGCACAACAAGUGUGCCGCUCAUGUCCGCUUACAAAGCAGCCACAUAUCUCUAGUCCGCACACCUCCCCCUUUUUCUUCAUGAUAUGGC